GUAGUUUGCGUACUUAUAAGAGGGCCUAUCGUUGGUUGUGAAGUCCAAAGGUCGCUCGUUUGCGCUUUUCGCGUCUCGUUGCUACUUCAAUCCCCCGCAUAGCAUCAUGGGUGGUCCAGAUAAACUUACGGAUGCGGAGCGAGCGGCGGCGAUAGCCGCCUUCGAGAAGCUUGGCAUCUGCACUCAGCUUGCCGAGGCGGCGGCAGGGCUGGGCUGGAAGGCGCCGAGUCACAUCCAGGAGCAGGCUAUUCCUCACUUGCUGGCAGGCCAGGACGUCAUUGGUCUGGCCCAGACCGGCAGCGGCAAGACGGGCGCGUUCUCGCUGCCCAUCCUGCAGGCGCUCAUGGACAAGCCGCAGGAGCACUUCGCGCUCAUCUUGUCGCCCACGCGCGAGCUGGCCAUCCAGAUUGCGGAGCAGGUGGAGGCUCUGGGCAGUGGCAUCGGCGUGAAGAGCUGUGUGCUGGUAGGCGGCAUUGACAUGAUGGCUCAGGCCAUAGCGCUGGCCAAGCGGCCGCACGUGCUGGUGGGCACGCCCGGACGUGUGGUGGACCACCUGUCCAACACCAAGGGUUUCAGCCUGAAGCAGCUCAAGCACCUGGUGCUGGACGAGGCCGACAAGCUGCUGGACAUGGACUUCGAGCAGGAGAUAGACCAGAUCCUGAAGGUGAUCCCGCGCGAGCGGCGCACGCAGCUGUUCAGCGCCACAAUGACCAACAAGGUGCAGAAGCUGCAGCGCGCAUGCCUGGACAAGCCGGUCAAGAUCGAGGUGGCUCACAAGUACAGCACAGUGGACACGCUGCGGCAGCAGUACGUGUUUAUCCCCGCCAAGUACAAGGACUGCUACCUGGCCUACGUCAUCAACGAGCUCAGCGGCAGCACAUUCAUGAUCUUCACGCGCACCUGCGAGUCCACGCGCCGCAUCGCGCUGCUGCUGCGCAACCUGGGCUUCGGCGCCGUACCCAUCCACGGCCACAUGAGCCAGCCCAAACGCCUGGGCGCACUCAACAAGUUCAAGAGCGGCGAGCGCAACAUCCUGGUGGCCACCGACGUGGCCUCGCGCGGCCUGGACAUCCCGUCCGUGGACGUCGUCAUCAACUUCGACGUGCCGCAGAACUCCAAGGACUAUGUGCACCGGGUGGGCCGCACAGCCCGCGCCGGCCGCAGCGGCCGUUCCGUGACCAUUGUGACGCAGUACGACGUGGAGCUGUUCCAGAAGAUUGAGCACCUCACAGGUGUCAAGAUGGAGCAGUUCCAGGCAGAGCGCGAGGAGGUGCUGUUGCUGCUGGAGCGCGUCAGCGACGCCCAGCGGUUGGCCACCAUGCAAAUGAAGGAGGCGGAUGCGGGCAAGAAGGGCAAGCGGAAGGCGGACGACGACGAUGAGGGCGCGGGCGGCGGCGGACGAGGCGGGCCGAAGCCCAAGCUGGGUGGCGGGCGGAGAAAGUACUGAGCGGUUUGGAGGGAGCAGGGGUCAGGGGCUAGUAGGGGCAGGAGUGGUGUGUGCGUGUUUUAUUAAGCGUGAGAGUGAGAGUGAGGAGAUGGAAAGGGAAUGAUUUCAUGAGAGAGGUGUGUGCAGUGAGGAGCACUGAAGUUAUGUGUACAGGCGCGAACACUCGGAGCCGCGGACGUGGGCACGUUGAAGAGCUGUUGCCUGCUGGGUAGACAUCAAUAGGGCGCAGAGGGAUGGCUGCGGAUGGCAGGCACGGAUGGCAGGAUUGGGCCGGAAAUCGGGAAUACCAGCAGGGCAACCGUGAACCGUGUGGCUGGUACUCAGGCCGUGCGCAAGUAACUCUGAAAUGUAGGCUUUGUGGCUUUAUCGUGACCAACUGACCAUCAACACGAGCGUACAGCGUGGCGUACAAUCCCGAACGUCCUGCUGAGGCCUACAGUGUACAAGUUUGCGGGGCUAUCAGUUCGCCUCCCUUCCGCGCCGGACAGGUCAGGGCAGCCGCAACCCCGGUGCACCCACAACUUGAAUGGUGUUCCAAACGCCGAGCGGCUUUGAUGGGGACACCGAGGGAAACGGUACCCUGUGUCCACAGGGUACCGUUUCGCGCCGUACGUGCCUGGGUGCAGGGGGUGGGCACCUGUGAAAUCGCAAGGCUUCCCAAACCCAUUCAACGUGUUUCAAGUACACAAGCUUUAAAGUUUUGUAAAUGAAAGCAAGC